AUGUUCUGGAACAUUAUAAACCGAUUUACGGGUGUUACACCAAACACCACUCUCAAUGAAUUCAUUCGUCCAGAAUCCCCACCGUUCUUGGCUCCAGUGAGCCCACUCCAAUAUGAACCGCUGUUUCCCAGUAAUCCAAGGUCUCCACUAAUGGAGUAUUCAGCGAUGAGUCCCAUGGCUUCCAGUAUGGAUGAAAUGCAGUCUUUGUUCGACAAUGGACGCGUAUCAUACCAAACAUCUGAUGUUGUACUGCAUUCAUCAUAUCUUAGCAAUGCUCCAGGUACGACUUUUGAUGGAUAUAAUGCCUCACCGAUAUAUCAAGAUCUGAAUGAUAUCAAGUUCCUCGAGGAAGACGAAACUCAAAUUCAAGAUCUUGCCGUUACGGAAAACCAUCAUCCCCAUUCCUGUACAAUUCAGCCGGACAAAAUUUUGGAAAAUAGACGAGAGCCAUCAAAAAAUCGAAAACCCAAUAAUAAGAAACCAAGAGUUGGCCGCCCUCCAGGAACUUACGAAAAAUCUAGUUGCUUGAUGAGAAAAACCGAAAAUAACGAAAAACUGAUUUGUCGAUGGGAUUCUUGUGGGAAAAUGUUCAAUGAACCAUUGAUAUUCUUUGAGCACGUGAGACUUCAUAUUCUCAAAGAAAAUCAAGGUCCCAAGAAUUGUCUCUGGAAAGGCUGCACUCGUGAAAUGCCGUUUGAUGCGGUGUACAAACUUGCAUGUCAUGUUCGAGGUCACACUAACGAGCAGCCGUUCCGUUGCAAGGAACCUGGAUGCAACAAAGCCUAUCUGCGGAUGCAAAGCUUGAAAACUCAUCAGUUGAUUCACACCGGAGAGAAACCACAUAGCUGCGGUUUUUGUGAGAAGAAAUUCACAACUCGGUCUGAUUGUGUGAGCCACAAAAAAUAUGUCCAUUCGGGUAAAAAAGCCUAUGCAUGUGGAGCUCCAAACUGCGACAAGUCAUACACUGACCCUUCGUCUCGAAGAAAGCAUUACAGAUCUUGUCUUUUAUGGAAAACGUUUUGUCUAAUUGAAACCCCCUAG